UCAUUUAUUUGUCGUUUUGGUCGUUUUGCUGUUUUUAGCGUCAAUAAAAGGUUUAUGACUCGCCACUAUUUCCGGAAACAGCUGCACACAGAAGCAGCUACCCGCUUUCUUAAUCAGCACCCAGGCCGGUAAUGUGUAAACGCUAGCCGGUUAAGCUAAUGACACUCUGAGUAAGCGGCUUUUCAUCCUACCUGCAUUCGGUCAAGUCCCGCCCCCUGCGCUGUGAUUGGUUGCUAGAUUAUUGGCAGCACGAGCGCACUGAGCUGUCAAAUCAGCUGCGUGGGAGAGUAAAGAACGCACCAAUCACAGCGCGAGGCUGGGGAUUUGUCGCUAAACGGAUGGGAAAUGACUAAGGUAUCUAGAUAUGAGUCAGUUAGCCGUGGCUAGCUCAAUGAAGUGAACUGAAAACAAGUCAGGCACAGUCAGCUCUCUAUAAUUAGGAAUGUUUAUUCACUUUGCCUGGAAGUAAAAGAGAGUGCUCUGACAUGCUAGCUAGCAAACAAGCUGGGAGAAUUAAUGUGUCAAAUCUCAGCAAAAAAGUAAACACAGUGAUUUAAACCAGUUUCAUGAUGGUCUUGUAUCAGGGUGGGACGGUUUGAACGCUUCACGGUAUGAAAACCGAGUGUAAAAAAUAUCACGGUAUCACGGUAUUAAAUCAUUAUAAAUGCAUGCAAUGCAAAGGAAACAAAAAGACCAAAUCCUUUCAGUGCGCUUCUUUCUUUGAAAGCCUGAACAGCAAGAACAAGGCGUCCCCUCUCCCCCCAUCCAACAUGGCCGACCCAAUGGAGAUAGACGAUUCACUGUACAGUCGGCAGAGGUAUGUCCUGGGAGACAGUGCCAUGCAGCAGAUGGCCCAGUCCUCUGUAUUCUUGAGUGGAAUGGGGGCUGUGGGUGUGGAAGUAGCUAAAAACAUCGUCCUUGCUGGAGUGAAGACAGUCACGUUGCAUGACAGUAAGCAGUGCGAUGUCUGGGAUCUGGGCACUAACUUCUUUAUCCGAGAGGAGGACGUUCAGAGCCGGAAGAAAAGGGUGGAGGCUGUGCACUCCCGGGUGGCUGAGUUAAACCCGUAUGUUCAGGUCAGCGUAUCGAGUGUGGCCCUGAACGACUCCACUGAUCUCAGCUUCCUGCUUAACUUCCAGUGUGUUGUGCUAACAGAGACGAGUCUGAGCUUGCAGAAGAGGAUCAACCGUUUCUGUCACUCUCAACAGCCUCCGAUUAAAUUUAUUAGCUGUGAUGUGUUGGGGAUCUGUUCGCGAGUGUUCUGCGAUUUCGGUGAGAGCUUCGAGGUGUCGGACCCGACGGGGGAGGAGCCUAAAGAGCUUUUCAUUCAGAAUAUCAGCCAGGAGAACCCCGGUGUGGUGACGUGCAUGGACAGCCGCACACACGGCCUUCAGACGGGACAGAGUGUGUGUUUCCGAGAGGUCAACGGCAUGACCGAGCUCAACGGCACCACGCACCAAAUUACAGUUAUCUCUCCGUACAGUUUUGCAAUCUGCGAUACGUCAUCCUUCCAGCCGUAUCUCCACGGUGGAAUCUUUCGCACGGUCAAGACCCCCAAAACCUACAGCUUCGAGACGAUGGAACAACAGUUACACGACCCACAGCUUCUUAUUCCAGACUUCAGUAAACCUGAGGCACCGCUGCAGAUCCACGCCAUUAUGAUAGCUCUGGAUGUGUUCCAGGAACAACACAACAGACUGCCAAAUAUAGGCUGUUUGCAGGAUGCGGAUCUCUUGCUGAAGAUUACCGAGGAGGUCACUGGGACACUUAAAAACAAAGUCAGUGUGAACCCGUCCUUAGUGAGGUGUGUGUCGCGUUGUGCGAGAGGCUGCCUCUCUCCCCUGGCAGCCGCUGUAGGAGGCGCCGCUAGUCAGGAAGUGCUGAAGGCUCUUACCGGAAAGUUCACGCCGCUUCAACAGUGGUUUUAUCUGGAUGCCUUAGAAGUGGUCCAACCCCUCCAGUCUCUUCCUGUAGAGGAGUUUGCACCUAGGGGAGAUCGAUACGAUGCUUUGAGGGCGUGUAUCGGCGAGUCCUUUUGUCUGGAGUUGCACAAGCUUCGAGUCUUUAUGGUGGGCUGUGGCGCUAUAGGCUGUGAGAUGCUGAAGAAUUUUGCACUGCUCGGGGUGGGGUUGAACAGAUGCUCAGGGGAGGUUUUCAUCACUGAUCCAGAUCUCAUAGAGAAGUCCAACCUCAACCGGCAAUUUCUCUUCAGACCUUAUCAUAUACAGAAGCCGAAAAGCAUCACAGCAGCUGCAGUGACGUUAGAGAUUAAUCCUGAGCUCCACAUAGACGCUAACCUGCACAAGGUGUGUCCUGCCACGGAGGAGACGUUCAGCGACGCUUUCUAUUCACGCCUCAGUCUGGUCAUCACUGCGCUGGACAAUGUGGAGGCUCGGAGAUACGUGGACAGUCGGUGCGUGUCCAAUCAGAAAGCGUUACUCGACUCGGGGACCAUGGGAACGAAAGGUCACACAGAGGUCAUUGUGCCAAACCUGACAGAGUCCUAUAACAGCCAUAGAGAUCCACCAGAGGAGGAGAUACCAUUCUGCACUCUAAAGUCUUUUCCUGCUGUGAUCGAGCAUACCAUACAGUGGGCCAGGGACAAGUUUGAAAGUGCCUUCUCUCACAAGCCCUCCAUGUACAACAUGUUCUGGCAGAACCACACGUCAGCUGUCGAUGUAUUACAGAGGAUGAAAGCCGGGGAGAGCAUGGACGGAGCGUUUCAAGUCAUUAAGGUGUUGAGUCGCCGGCCAACAUGCUGGGAACACUGCCUGGCCCUCGCUCGGCUCAAAUUUGACAAAUACUUCAAGAGAAAGGCAUUACAACUACUGCACUCAUUUCCACUGGAUACGCGACUGAAAGACGGCACUCUGUUCUGGCAGUCUCCCAAACGACCUCCAUCCCCUAUCGAGUUUGAUCUCAAAGACCAGCUGCACUUUGGUUUCGUGGUCAGCACGGCUCGGCUGUUUGCGGGAAUUUACAACAUUCCGUAUUCAGAAAAGAACCUGAGUUACGAGGCUGUGGCAAGUGUUUUGGCUGAAGUCGAGAUUCCGGAGUACAAGCCCGCAGAGAAGCGUAUAGAGACAGAUGAAACAGUUAAGAAGCCUGAUCGGAUGAAGCUGAUGGUGAGCAGUGAGGAGGAAAGGGAAGCCAUAUCACAGCUGGAGGAGGCUAUCACAUCUGGUUUUACACCAGAGGGCGUGCGUAUGACACCGCAGCUUUUUGAGAAAGACGAUGACGCGAAUGGUCAUAUGGACUUUGUGGAGUCGGCGUCAGCUCUGAGAGCCCGCGUGUACUCAAUCGAAGCUGCCGAUCGCCUCCAGACCAAACGCAUCGCCGGCAAAAUCAUCCCUGCCAUCGCCACGGCUACCGCCGCCGUCGCCGGAUUGGUGGCGUUGGAGCUGAUUAAAGUCACAGGUGGCUAUGGCUUCGAGUCGUUUAAGAACUGCUUCUUCAACCUGGCCAUCCCCGUCAUGGUCCUAACAGAGACGGCUCGGGUCAAAAGGACGCAGAUCAGAGAUGACAUCUCCUUCUCCAUCUGGGAUCGCUGGCCCAUUGUAGGACAUGAAGACUUCACCCUGUCUGACUUCAUCAAUGCUGUCAGGGAAAAGUACGGCAUUGAGCCCACUAUGGUAGUUCAUGGAGUGAAGAUGCUCUACGUACCCAUCAUGCCUGGACACAGCAAGAGACUCAAACUGACUAUGCAGAAGCUGAUCAAGCCUUCGGCAGACAGGAAGUACGUCGAUCUCACUGUGUCUUUUGCACCAGAGACGGACGGGGAUGAGGAUCUGCCCGGCCCUCCUGUCCGCUAUCACUUUAGACAUGAGAGUGGCGAGAAGGCCUGACACCCACACCCACACACACACACACACACACACACACACACACACACACACACACACUGAUAUUACACCCUCCCUUCUCUUACCUUCCCCUGUGGACCACUAGUGGAGUAGCACUUGAUCAAUCUGUACAUAGUAAAACUUUUUUUUUGUUUUCUACGGGUUCGUAAUUUUAUUGCAUAGCUACGUCUGUGCCGAUGCCUUAAGAAAUAUUGUGCGUCCAUGAUGAUGAUGAUGAUGAUGAUGAUGAUGAUAAUGAUGGUGGUGAUUAUUAUAUAUUAUUGAUCUCACAGUUGAGGGAGAACAGUGUUUACACUCCUAACUUAAGGCUUUUGAUGGCUAUUAUUUUAUUAGCGCAGACACAGAGAGUGGCAAGCUGAAAGAAUUUCAGACGAUUGCUUCCUAAUGCAGAUUGUUCAUGACGUAUUCUGAACGUUUCCCGUUCAUCCCAAAUUAAGACAUGCAGACUCGCUGUGUGAUAUGCAAACUAAACGCCUCUAUUUAUUUGUACAUCCCUGCGCUUAGUGUUUCCUCAAGACGAACACGAACUUCAACAGACUUAAUGAUGAGCUCAAAAAAAACAUCCAGUUAUCUGAAUGACUCUCCAAAGGCAUUGAAUAAAAAUACAGAAUAAAUAUACCGAAUAAAUCACCACACGUCUAUGAUAUAACAUGCGUCCUGCAGCACUGUGAGUGGUGUGUAUUCCUGGUCGAUAUCAGUUUGAUUUCAUUCCAUUUGUCACGGUCUGAUUCGGACCUGCAUCAAAAUCAAGCUCAGUUUUGGGAGAAGUCAAUUUUGCUUAUUGGUUCAGUCACAACUUGGACAAAUCUGAGAACUCAAGCUUGGACACUUGCUCAGAAUUUCCAGCCUGCUGUGAUUUUAUCAUGUAGCACACAGCCCUGAAUAGGAAGUGAAGAAGAACGAGAUUGAGUGUGGAUUUUAUUUUAUUUGCUUCAUUUAAAUUGGCCCGGCGUUCCUUUACCCAGAACUCGUAACCAUGACGUCCUCCGUAUUCGUGACUAAAAUGAUGUCAAACAUUUCGCAGCUUUAAAAAAAAAAAACCCAGAUAGGUAAAAGAAGUAUGAAAUUUCACAACAUGACUGUGACUGGAAUAUUCAGUUGAAGGUCUAAUCAAAAAUAAACUUUUCAACCAUGUUACA